GCGUCCGGUUCUCUAACAAUGUGGGAGGCGCGACCCCUCCUUCUGCUGUCGGGGGUCCUGGCCCUGACCCAGACCCGGGCGGGACCCCACUCCAUGCGGUAUUUCUACACCUCCGUGUCCCGGCCCGGCCACCGGGAGCCCCGCUUCAUCGCUGUCGGCUACGUGGACGACACGCAGUUCGUGCGCUUCGACACCGACUCGGCGAGUCCGAGGAUGGAGCCGCUGGCGCCGUGGGUGGAGCAGGAGGGACGCGAGUACUGGGAGCGGCACACGCGGAGAGCCAAGGGCAACGCACGGACUUUCCGAGCGAAUAUGAGCAACGUCCGCGGCUACUACAACCAGAGCGAGACGGACUCUCACACCCUCCAGCUGAUGUACGGCUGCAAAGUGGGCUCCGACGGGCGACUCCUGCGCGGGUACUGGCAAUACUCCUACGACGGCACCGACUACAUCGCCCUGAACGAGGACCUGCGCUCCUGGACGGCGGCGGCGGGCACGAAGGCUUGGAUCAGCAAGAGCAAGUUGGAGCAGGCGGGUGCGGCUGAGUACGACAGGACCUACUUGGAGGACAGGUGCGUGCAGUGGCUCCUCAGACACCUGGAGAACGGGAAGGACACGCUGCUGCGCGCAGAACCUCCCAGAAGCCACAUCACCCACCACCCCUUCUCUGACCAUGAGGCCACCCUGAGAUGCAGGGCCCUGGGCUUCUACCCCGCCGAGAUCACCCUGACCUGGCAGCGUGAUGGGGAGGACGUGACCCAGGACACAGAGCUGGUGGAGACCAGGCCUUCAGGGGAUGGAACCUUCCAGAAGUGGGCGGCUGUGGUGGUGCCUUCUGGAGAGGAGCAGAGAUACAUGUGCCGUGUGCAGCACCAGGGGCUGCCGGAGCCUGUCACCCUGAGAUGGGAGCCCCCUUCUCAGCCCACCAUCCUCACUGUGGGCCUAGUUCUCCUCGGGGCUGUGGCUUUUGGAGCUGUGGUGAGAGCUGUGAUCUGCAGGAAGAAGCGCUCAGGUGAGGAAGGAGUACAGUACACUCAGGCUGCAAACAGCAACAGUGCCCAGGGCUCUGAUAAGUCUCUCAAGAACCCUAGAGUGUGAGACAGCUGCCCCGCUGGGUUUUUCACAUCCCAGUGUUGUGAGUCAAGAACUGCUGAUUCUCUUUCUGCCCUGGGACUUGAGAGUGUCUGUGUCCUGUCACAUACUGUG